GCCUUUAGGGAGGGAGAUCUUCCUAGUAGAGGCUGAGCGACGACUGAUGAACCUGCUGUAACAUUUUUAGAGUUUAUUUUAAAUCCGACUUUUUAAUUGACUUUGUUUCUUAGACAUCAUCAAUUAAAUGUAAUAUAUAUGAAGCUACAGAAGAAGGGGAUGGCUGUUAUGAUGUUUACCUUACAGUUCGGGGUUCUGCUGUUUGCGGCUCUUCUUGUUUCUGCGAAGAAGUUGACGGUUUACCCUGGACAAGAUGUAACUCUGCGAUGUGACGCUCCUGCCAACAUCAGUAUUGCAGCCGUGAAGUGGACCAGAAAGGAUCUAGGAAACCAACACGUCCUCCUAUACAAGGGUUCGUUGGUUAAAGAAGGCCAGCAUCCCUCUUUUAAAGACAGAGUGACCUUGCAGAAAGGACGGCUAGAGGAUGGUGAAGUGUCUUUGAUUCUGCAGAAUGUGAAAGAAAAUGUCAAUGGAACAUAUGAAUGUGCGGUGGAGCAGAAGAAUCCGUCCAAGUGGUACUUAGCCAUCUGCAUUUUUGAAGUGGAUGUGGGUUCAGGAGAGCCACCAGUCAGCUACGUGGGACUGAUAGUGGGCCUGAUACUGGGCGUGCUGGUUCUGGUAGCUGCUACAAUCGGAUUUAUCUGCUGCCGUAAACUAAGGACAAGAAAUACGCUGUGAACAUCUAGGUUACUUCGAUCUGCCUCCAUAUUUCUCCUAAAUAUUACAUCUCUGGGUGCUUCUUCCUGCGGGUUAUUAUGGUGGCCUUCAUGUAAUCCAUAUUUAGAUACAUCAGCCUUUUUUAUACCUCUUCUUUCUCUGUAAGCUUGAACUGAGAUGUUUCUUUGGAGCAGAGGCGUCUAUGAUAGUGCAGAUGUUCAGCCUUGGCCUUAAAUAAAAAUAAAAACUCUAAACCUUCACUGCAGAAACUCUCUGUAUAGCUGGUUCCUCAGCUCCACUAUAGUCUCAGAGUCUCAUGCUGCUUCCCUAGAGCCUCUGAGGGAGAUGGAUCCUGUGGUAGAAAGAGACCGGCUCACUGGUUCUGUUCCACCUGUAGCUAAUGUAAACCACUGUGUUCCUCACUGAUGGCAGGAGUCUCAGAAUUGGGCAAACCUGUUGGGACUCUUUAGCUAAAGCAGAAGUCGGUCAGCAGUCGCCAUGAUCAGUGCUGACAGGAAGGAGGUAGAAAGAGGAAACAGGACGCUUCCUAUUGUAGUUUAAUUUGCAUAGAUGCUCCUAUCCCCCACUAGGAGCUAUGCCGUUUCCCACAAUCCUUUGGGUGACAUGACGUACAGUGUCAGCCCAGCUCUCUGAAUUUAACAAAAAUACAUGAUCUCUUCACUCUUAUCGGGGUGACAAGCUAAUGCUAAUAUUUACGCCUUUAUAUGAUUUUGAUUUUAUCAUUUAGAGCUUCAGCCGUUUAAUAGGUUUGUGUGAAUUUUGUCUUUUGUAGUUUUUCCCUAAUUGCUGUAAACCCAAUUUAAAUAGCAGCAUCCAUGUGUUCCGUCCCAUAAUGACGUCCGUACGUCUAAAGGCUGUCUGGAUUCUGCACAGCAGUCUAGAGCUCCUUUCCUACCCGGGAUAGAGAUCUUACUGCUGACCCUAGGGAGGUUAAAUGAACUGGAGCCUUAAGUAGAGGGUGUCCUGCAGCUUUUAGACAUCCAUCAGCUCUAACGCUCCUCAAUCACUGUCAGCGCUCUGAGGAGAGAGUUCAGAGAUUUGUUCAGGAGGAAAGGACCAGAGAAACACCUAAAAGCUGCAGGAGACAGAGAGGGAUGGUUUUAAGAGUUAAAUCGUCUACCAUACAUGUCAGAAAUUGUUCUGUUUGGUCAUUCAAGCAUCCACUAACUGGUCCUUUCAACAUGAUAAAAACAAAAAUUUGUGAACCAAACAUUCAUUCUAAUAAACCUCCUGAUACGGAGAGAGCUUCCCUACAACAUAGAUGCUGCAUGCAGUGAUAUUUAAAUCAUAAAUCUGUUA